AGACCAUGAUGCGCAAGAAUUUAAUUGGGCAAAAAAUGGAGAGGCUUGGUCUGUGCUCAGUUGUUUUAUUGUGCCUAGUAGCUAAUGCAAUAGCUCAACAAUGUGGUUGGCAAGUAGGUGGAAAGACUUGCUCAAACAACCUAUGUUGUAGCCAAUAUGGCUAUUGUGGCACAACUGAUGACUACUGCUCACCCUCCAAGAACUGCCAAAGUAACUGCCAAGGUGGCGGCGGCGGUGGUGGUGGCGGAGGCGGAGGUGGUGGAGAGAGUGCAUCUAAUGUGCGUGCCACAUAUCAUUAUUAUAAUCCAGAGCAACAUGGGUGGGACUUAAAUGCUGUUAGUGCAUAUUGCUCUACUUGGGAUGCUGGCAAGUCCUAUGCAUGGCGCAGUAAGUAUGGAUGGACAGCUUUCUGUGGCCCGGCUGGGCCUCGUGGUCAGGCUUCUUGUGGCAAGUGCUUGAAGGUGACAAAUGCGUGGACGGGGGCACAGACAACAGUGAGGAUUGUGGAUCAGUGCAGCAAUGGAGGGUUGGAUUUGGAUGUUGGGGUUUUCCAACGAUUGGACACAGAUGGAAGAGGAUAUGCUCAAGGCCACCUUAUGGUGAAUUACCAGUUUGUGGAUUGUGGCGAUGGGUUUAACCCUCUGCUUUCUAUUAUCAAUGAUCAAUAGAGAUUUUAUGCAUAAAAUGUAAGAAGUGACUUUACAAUGGGUUUGUUAAUAAGGGCGCAAAUGGCUAUAAGGCUUGCAUGUUUUGGUGCGAGUAGCUAUAAAAGAUAAGAUGGCAAUUGGUUAAUCUUUAAUUUUCCCUUUUUGAAAUUUUGGAUUGAAAUAAUAAUUAUUGUCAUCUUGAUUUCUUUCAAGUCAUUUUGAAAGUUUAUCAUAUGCUAGGAUUGUAAUGUAAUCAUAUAUGUAUAAGAUAGAUUGGCAUGUGUUUUGUUUAUU